AUGGACCCAAACGAGAGCGUCUCCGCAUUCACCGCAGUAUCGCACUACCCGAAUGUGGUCAACACCGAUUCAAACCCCAUAGCAGUUUCGCAAGUCGUCAAUGCAGUUUUUGAACGAGAGCACUUCUUUCGACAUGGAAACGUACACAGUUCGGGGACUGCGGAACUCCAUCGUUCGUCCUCCCCACCGGCAGAUCUGUAUAUAUCCGAUUCAGAAAUGACCGAUGCCCUGGCAGACAUUGGAGGAGUGUCUCUUGGAACAUAUGCGACUAGCGGUGGCCCUGAUCUUGACAACAUCUAUCAGCAAAUAGUCAGCAACCAUGCAACGGGCAACAACAUCUCGACCAUCCCCGAGGAUAGCGAAAUUGGCGACGGAGGUAACCUGAUUACGGAUUAUGAGCCAUCCAUCAGUGCGGAGCGCUCGACACCUGUAUCUGUACGAGAUGAUGAUCCCGACGACACGCGGAAAUUCUACCAGGAUAAUGAGGCCGACCGUAGACAUGAGGAGGAUUACAUCGAACUCGAUUAUCGGGAUCACCACGAGGGGAUGGGUCGUCUGUCCGAUGUGGACAUUGAUGAUUUCUACCAACAAAAUUCCGACUACGAUUCGUUCUCGCAGUCAACCGAUAUCCCCUUUCCACCCGGUCACGAUGUUCAUGGGAAUUACUUCUCGGAUAGCGAGGAUCCGGCUGCAGAUUUUGAAGCUGAGGCACAUUUUCCUUCGUCUGUUGUGCAUGGGACCACCUACGAAAGGAACCUCACCAUCGACCAGUUCAUUAACCAAUGGCUUGUUCAAUCGAGUGCAGCUCCUGUACCGAAUCUUCUUCCCGUGCGAACGCCGUUUCCGCCACAUCCCAUAGCGAGCAUCCUAGGCUGGACACCACCAGAGAAGGUCGUUCGGCCUAGCCGAGUCCCGGGGGACUUCUUCGAUGUUCAACAAAUUCCCUGGUGGGAGACAUUGCGAGUCAAGCGAUCCGAUGCCCGUGCACUGCGAGAUCAUUGGUACACAUCGUACCACAACCUAGAAUAUUUGCAUCAGCGGACGGCGAAACUGCCUCUAGAGGAGUUCUACUUCCGGGAGAAGUCCAUGCACACCAAACACAAGGCGACAAUCAAGCAUUUCCAGCUUCGGAAUUUGAUGUCCGUCGUCUCGUACAAUACCGUUCACUUCGCUCACGAGUCCAAGUUGCUGUCGUGGGCCCCUGGUUAUGAUGACUUGAACUGCCUGGUGGAUUUGACGAGACCGGCCGUUGAAACUGGUUUCCAGGGUCCGGUGAAAUUCACCACCAUGAAAUCCGCUCAUGACGUGUCCAUUGCUGGUGGAUUCUGUGGUGAAUAUGCAUUGCGACCAUUUGGUACAGAAGGAGAAGGCGUGCAAGGGCUUGUCACGAACAAUCCUAAUGGGAUCACCAACCACCUUGACAUAAUCCAACAUCGAACAAACCGAACACCCAUGGGAAUCUUUGCGUCGAAUGAUCGACAUCUGCGGGUUUUGGACUGUGAAACCAACACCUUUGUGACAGAUCACGAACUGUCUCGCGCCAUUAACUGCACGUCGACCUCGUCGGACGGACGUCUACGCGUCGUCAUUGGCGAUUCUGCAGACGCAUGGGUCAUCGAGGCAGACACCGGCCGACCAGUUCAUCCGCUCCGGGGUCACCGCGAUUUCGGGUUUGCCUGCGCAUGGUCUCCGGACAUGCGACAUAUCGCAACGAGCAACCAGGACAAAAAAGUGAUCAUCUGGGACGCUCGUAUGUGGCGCAUGCUCGAGAAAAUCGAAUCCGAUGUGGCAGGAUAUCGGUCGCUACGGUUCUCGCCGGUCGGAGGUGGUCCACGAACGCUGCUAUGCUGUGAGCCGGCAGAUCGGAUUUCAAUCAUCAACGCGCAAACGUUCCAGAGUCGACAGGUGCACGACUUCUUUGGUGAGAUUGGCGGAGCAGAUUAUUCACCAGACGGCAGUGCGAUCUGGGUAGCCAACACGGACCAACAUUUUGGUGGGUUCAUGGAAUUUGAACGACGACAGUGGGGGCAGCGCUUCAAGCAGCGAGGACUGCCGAACGAAUGGGCUCGAGAGUCCGAAUUGGACGACGAUGAGCGAUGUGUGUUGAACGAGCGAGAACGGCAGAUGAGAUUCUGGUGGAACAUGAGCGAUGAAGAGCAUGAGGAAUUGAUGCUGUAG